AUAAUUAUAAAGUGAUCGAAUUUUAUAUCAUGGAUAAUAAUACAGAUAUGAAUAAAGAUAAUUACAAGUGCGAUAAGAUCUUAUUGAAUGAAGAGUUUUCCGAAGCCCUAAAAAAAACGAUACAAGAAAUUAUAACCAGAGUAAAAUACGUACAUUACAAUGUAACUGUUCGUAAAAUAACUACCGGUGGUAACAAUUUCUUAGGUGAACUAUACGAAAUAGAUAUCGACGGCGAAACGAGUGAAAAAAAAAAUGAAAAUAAUAUAUUUCUAAAACGCAUUAUUCAAAACGAUGACUUCAGAAUAUAUUCCAUACCAGAAGUUUACAAGAAGGAAGCAUUUUUUUACAAAGAACUCGGUAAAGUAUUCGACGUAUUACAAGAAAACGUAAACAUUCCGGCCGAGGAUAGAUUCAAAAUGGUCAAAAGUUAUGAAGAAACAAACAAUGAAGUUAUAAUACUUGAAAACUUAACUAAAAAGAACUUUAAAACAAUGUUCAGAAUGGAUGUAAUGUCCAUUGAAUUUGCAAAGUUAUCUAUAGAACAAUUGGCCAAGUUGCACGGAUUAUCGUUCGUUUUACAAAAAAAGAGACCAGAAUAUUUUGAAACGAAGAUUAAAACGAUAAAACAAUCGAUGGUAUAUGAUGACUAUUGGAACGAAUUUGUUACUAAAACGUGUGAACUUUCCGUUUCUAAAUUUAAUGAUGUCACGAAAGAAAAAAUAUCAAAAUUUUUCGAGUAUUCUUUAGACAAAUAUCCCAAAUAUAUGAAUGGACUGCAUUCGCAAAUCAAAUGCCUCUGUCAUGGAGAUUAUAAAAUGAACAAUAUAUUAUUUAAAGAAGAAGAUGGAAAAAUAACAGAAGCAAUACCGAUCGACUUCCAGCAAAUAUACUUUGGUUGUCCGGUCAUUGACCUCAUAUACUUUAUAUAUGCGGCCAGCGAUCGGGACUUCAGAAAACAACACUUAUAUUAUCUUAAAGAUCUAUACUACGAGACUUUAACGAGGUUCCUUAACUACUUCGCUAUUGAUGUCUCUACAGUGUGCCCGAGAGAUGAAUUCGAGGAAUGCUUUAAGCAUAGCUUAGACUAUGCCUUAAUGUAUACGCUGUAUAUGUUGCAAAUGUUUUUCGUUACUGAUGAUAUACCAGAUAUAAGCAAGGAUGAAUUGUUGGAGAUGAAAAUUCAGGUCGAUGACAGAUUUUACGAUAGAAUGCAAGGCAUCGUAGAUGACUUUAUUGAUUUGGGAGUUCUGUAAGCUAAUGAUUGUGUUUAUAAUAAAUUACUUACUU